CGCGACAGCUCCGGGCGGCGAUGGCGGCGGACGGGGACUGGCAGGAUUUCUAUGAGUUCCAGGAGCCGGCCCGGAGCCUCCAGGACCAGGAGAACUGUAACGCGAACCCCGAGGCCGGGGCAGGGCCGGGCGGAGGAGGCGACGACUUCCCGGCGCUGGCCUGCAGCUUGGAGGAGAAGCUGAGCCUGUGUUUCCGCCCCUCGGGGUCGGGCGCCGAGCCCCCGAGGGCGGCCGUGCGGCCCAUCACCGAGUGCAGCCUCCUGCAGGGGGACGAGAUUUGGAAUGCCCUGACAGAUAAUUAUGGAAAUGUAAUGCCUGUAGACUGGAAGUCUUCCCAUACUAGGACCCUGCAUUUGCUUACUCUGAACCUCUCAGAAAAAGGGAUAAGUGAUAGUUUGUUCUUUGAUUCGUCGGACGAUGAGGAGCUGAGAGAACAGCUGGAUAUGCAUUCCAUCAUCGUCUCCUGCGUGGAUGACGAGCCCCUCUUCACUGCAGAUCAGGAAAAUAUUGCUGCCAUAGAGGUUAUUGAAGAAAUCGAAGAAAUGAUGCAGGAAUCACCAGACCCAGAAGAUGAUGAAACGCCUACACAAUCAGAUCGGCUCUCAAUGCUUUCCCAGGAAAUUCAAACUCUUAAGAGGUCUAGUACAAGCAGUUAUGAAGAGAGAGUAAAAAGGCUCUCAGUGUCUGAAUUAAAUGAACUACUGGAAGAAAUUGAGACUGCCAUUAAGGAAUACUCUGAGGAGCUGGUGCAGCAGUUGGCCCUGCGAGAUGAACUGGAGUUUGAAAAGGAAGUGAAAAACAGCUUUAUUUCUGUUCUCAUUGAAGUGCAAAACAAACAGAAAGAGCACAGAGAAACAGCCAAAAAGAAAAAGAAACUCAAGAAUGGCAGCUCUCAGAACGGGAAGAACGAGAGAGGUCACAUGCCCGGCACACGCUUCAGCAUGGAAGGGAUCUCAAAUGUCAUUCAGAAUGGCCUCCGCCACACCUUUGGAAAUUCAGGUGGAGAGAAACAGUACUUGACAACAGUCAUUCCCUAUGAGAAAAAACAUGGACCACCAUCUGUUGAAGAUCUUCAAAUAUUAACAAAAAUUCUUCGUGCCAUGAAAGAGGACAGUGAGAAAGUUCCAAGCUUGUUAACUGAUUAUAUACUGAAAGUUCUGUGUCCUACUUAGGGCAGCAUCACUCCAGGAGCAGCUUUAUCUGUGGACUACAAGCUAGAUUUCCUAUAGCAUUAUUCUGAAAGCUGGCUACCAUUACCUUCCUGCUAUUGGAAACUCAGCACACUUGAACUUGUGUUUGUGAUUCAGUGUUAAAAGAUCAUGCCUUCACUAAUUCCUUAUAUUAUGAGCCAAGAGAAAUAUGGCACUAUUUUGAAUUUUAGAGAUUUCUUUUGUUAAACACUAACAAUUAUGGACUCUUCUCCAACUUUGUAGAGUAAGGGGGAGUAAUAUUAAUUGUGCAUGUGCAGUUAUAUUUUUCAUUAACUGUCAGUAUGCCCAUUUGAGUUUUUAUGGCUUUCUAGAUCUAAACUGCACUGAUGAACUAGUUUAAAGAAUUGAGAGAUUUAUACUAUAGCUAUUCUUCAGUGAUGGGAAGUCCCAACACUGAUUUUUUAUAAGAGAAUUGUCAGUAUAAAUAUUACCUACCAGUAUUGUCCAGAGAGACUGAAACUUAACAAACUUGGGCUGUUCUUGGAAGAAGGGACACCAGAAUAUGCAUUAUCUUGGCUUAAUACUUAGCAAACAUCGAAUCUGUUGGAGAUGACUGAUUUUAGAGGUUGCUGUGUGUUUCACCAUUGUUCACACUGUAAACAUUUCAGUUACCAUUCCCUUUCAGAAUCUUGUAUUGUUUAACUUUAGAUGUUUAAAUGUUUUGUUUCACGUGUCUGUGAAGAAGUGGCCUUUAAGAGGAGUUUGUAUCCUUUAAGGUGCUUAAGAAACUGUAUGCUGCAGCAUCCAUGCCCAUUCUCAUUACUGUGUUACAUUUUCACCCCCGUGUGUUUUCCUAAAGUACUAAUUCUAGAAACAGCUACUCAUGGAUACAUCACUAGUCAUGAAACACUUUUGCCAGUUCCAAUCAAGUCAAUGCCAUUUAAUAAAAGUUGAAAAAAAAGGUA